UAUGCUGAAGCACAAGCACUUGGGCGCGUGUAAUUGAACAACGACGGAACGCAUAUCUUCUUUACUCUUCUUUAUGCGCACCGCCACAAACCCACAGAGAAUCCUUGUUCUCUCCACCUGAAAGCCUGUUUCCUCUAAAUUUACGCUCUUUGAUCGAAAACUGAACAGAGAAGAAAAAAGUCGGAUACCCUUUCAAUUACUGCGUCGGUUCAUCUGCUUUUCAAAGCAAAAUCAUUGAUUUUGAUUUGGUCCCAAAACCCAGUUGCCCUAAACUCAUAUAUACGCUAUUGACAUUUGGAUUAUCGGCGAUGAAACGUGGUUACCAAGAAUCUCCUUCGAGCUCCGUUGGUCCGGCCCAGUCCAGAUUCAAGUAUAACCCUGAAGUUGAUGCACAAUUUUUGGAGGAUGAAAGUACAAAAAUAUUUGCUCGGAAGGUGGCGGACCACUAUAGUGCUAGAACAAAUCAGACAUUAGAAGAACGAGAAGCGAGUCCAAUCAUUCAUUUAAAGAAACUUAACAACUGGAUAAAGAGUGUACUAAUCCAACUUUAUGCUCGCCAAGGAGAUGCUGUUCUUGAUCUUGCUUGUGGGAAGGGUGGUGAUCUCAUCAAAUGGGAUAAGGCAAAAGUUGGAUAUUAUGUUGGCAUCGACAUAGCUGAAGGAUCGAUAGAAGACUGUCGUACGCGUUACAAUUGUGAUGCAGAUCAGAAUCAUCGUCGUAAAAAGUUCACUUUUCCAGCCCGCCUUAUAUGUGGAGAUUGUUUUGAGGUUCGCCUGGACCAAGUUCUGGCAGAUGAUGCUCCUUUUGAUAUCUGCAGUUGCCAGUUUGCUUUGCAUUACUCCUGGUCUACUGAGGUACGUGCACGGCGUGCGUUGGCCAAUAUAUCAGCGUUGCUUCGUCCUGGAGGCACCUUCAUUGGAACAAUGCCAGACGCCAAUGUUAUUGUCAAAAAACUUAGAGAAGCUGAAGGGCUGUCCUUUGGCAAUAGUGUGUACUGGAUUCGUUUUGAUGAAGAAUUUUCUAAUAAGAAAUUUAAAUCUUCGACUCCCUUUGGAAUCAAGUACCAGUUUCAUCUAGAGGAUGCUGUUGAUUGUCCUGAAUGGAUCGUUCCCUUCAAUCUCUUCAAAUCAUUGGCCGAAGAGUAUGAUUUGGAGCUAGUUUUUGUAAAAAAUUCACAUGAAUUUGUACACGAGUACAUGAAAAAACCGGAGUAUCUUGAGCUCAUGCGUAGGCUUGGUGCACUAGGUGAUGGUAACCGAGACCAGAGUACACUGUCACAAGAUGAAUGGGAAGCAGCUUACUUGUAUCUGUCAUACGUCUUGAGGAAGCGAGGUCAACCAGACCAGACUCGAGCAAAUAGCAGAAGAGACAGAGGGCAAAUGAAUAUCUCAAAGGAAGACAUAAUGUACAUAAAUAGCGAGGUUUAAUUUGGCAGAACCUCAUAUACCUUAACUUGUGCUCGAACCAGACAACUAGACAACAAAAUGGAUUUUUGGCCUGUCCUUUCACAAGCUCAUGAGAAAAGGUUUACAUGGGUUGGUCAGUUUUUGUAGAAUUCUUGUUGUAACCUAAAUUAUCUUCCCAUUUGUGUUUCAUGUAAAAGAUAAAUAGAAGAUUUAAUAGAGGAGGUGUCUAUUAAUUACACUGAAGUUGGGGCACACAAGGCAUCUUUAUUCUUUAAUGUGAUUGUAUAAUUGCCUUUAUACAUUCUGGAGAAAUAAAGCAAAGAGGCUUUUUUCUAUUCUGUGAAGGUAGAAGAGAGAAUUGAGCAA